CUUUCGUCUUCAACCUUGAUUCAUCUUCGUGGUAAACAAAAACUCUGUCCCAAGUUCAUCAGAUCAUUUUAUCCGAAUAAAAUGGCCAAAAAACUAUAUUUGUGGUUAAAUACUUAAGUUUCCGAUGGAUUGAGUUUGAAAGUUUUGAAAUCUUGAGCCGGUUGACGCGUUUACUGAGUCUGCUUUCAAGGGAAACCCAGCAGCAGUCUGUUUGUUGGAUGAAGACAGAGAUGAACAGUGGUUACAAGCUAUGGCCGCUGAGUUCAAUCUUUCCGAGACUGCUUACUUGACUAGGACUAAUGGGUCGGAUUCACAAACUCCCAGGUUUCGUCGUAGAUGGUUCACUUCCGUUACUGAGGUCAGUUUUUCUUCUUGUCUAAUUGAAGCUUGUUUUGUUUACCAUCAAGACUCGAGAUUUUGGCAGGUUAGGGGCUUUGUGGACAUGCAACAUUAGCAUCUGCGUACACUCUCUUCACAACUGGGCUAGUAAAUUCAGGCAUUAUUGAAUUCGUAACGCUAGCCGGAAUUCUUACUGCUAAAAGAGCUCCUGAUUUCAAGUCACCAAUCGAUGCCUCCUCUCAUAUGGACGAGCCACAAAACUGCUUCUCAGUCGAGCUGGAUUUUCCUAUAGUCCUUGCACCGAACUUACUGACAUUAAAUGGUGCCGAUAUUAUUGACAUUAAGAGGGCAAAAUCCAGAUGAUUACUUUCUUGUUGUGCUCCCAUCUGCAAAAUCCGUCAUGGAAUUAAAGCCACAGAUCGAUGACAUACGUAAAUAUGGUGCUGAAGGCGUAAUUGUUUCAGGGGCUGCUCCUAUGGAAUUUGGGUUUGAUUUUGCUAGCCGAUGCAUCUUCCCAAGAAAUGGCAUAGAUGAGGAUCCUGUGACUGGGAGUGCAAGGAGCAAAAAGCUUGGGAAAUGUGAUCUCAUGGCGUAUCAAGCAUCAGCUAGAGGUGGAAUACUAAGCGUUUAUUUAGAUGAGAAGAAUCAGCGAGUGCUACUGCGAGGAAAAGCUGUCAUAGCCAUGGAAGGCACUCUUCUUGUUUAGCUUUAUAAUUUAUCCAUUUAUUAAUUAUACUGAAUUUAUAAUUUUGGGCUCGGGUAAGAGGACCCC